AUGUUGCUGCUGGCUUGGUGUCUCUCACCGGUGGCCUUGGCAGCCAAGCCCAAGAUGCCGGGCCACACGCACCUCAACUCAAUACGCAUCGACGGGGAUAUUUCUCUCGGCGGGCUGUUCCCCGUGCACGCCCGGGGAAACGACGGCAAAGCCUGCGGGGAGCUGAAAAAGGAAAAGGGCAUCCACAGGUUGGAGGCCAUGCUGUUCGCCCUGGACCGCAUCAACAACGACAACGAGCUGCUGCCCAACAUCACCCUGGGGGCGCGCAUCCUCGACACCUGCUCCCGCGACACCCAUGCUCUCGAGCAGUCGCUCACGUUCGUCCAGGCGCUGAUCGAGAAAGACUCGUCCGACGUCAAGUGUCUCAGCGGCGGGCCGCCCAUCAUCACCAAGCCCGAGAGAGUGGUUGGGGUCAUCGGUGCCUCUGCCAGCUCCGUGUCAAUCAUGGUGGCCAACAUCCUGCGUCUCUUCAGGAUCCCUCAGGUGAGCUACGCCUCCACAGCCCCAGAGCUGAGUGACAACACCCGCUAUGACUUUUUCUCCCGAGUGGUGCCUCCAGACACCUACCAGGCCCAGGCCAUGGUGGACAUUGUCAGAGCCAUGCGCUGGAACUACGUCUCCACUGUGGCUUCGGAGGGAAACUAUGGAGAGAGUGGUGUGGAUGCUUUUAUCCAGAAGUCCCGAGAAGACGGAGGUCUGUGCAUCUCUCAGUCGGUGAAGAUACCUCGGGAACCAAGGCCCGGAGAGUUUGACAAGAUCAUCCGGAGGCUGAGCGAGAACCCAAAUGCUCGAGUAGUCAUCAUCUUCGCUAAUGAGGAUGACAUCAGGCGGCUCCUUCAAGCUGCAAAGACGGCGAACCAGACGGGCCAUUUCAUCUGGGUAGGCUCAGACAGCUGGGGCUCCAAAAUCGCCCCGAUACUGAACCAGGAGGAGAUGGCAGAAGGCGCCGUCACCAUCCUGCCCAAAAGACAGUCCAUCCGAGGUUUCGAUCGCUAUUUCAUCAGCCGAACGCUGGAAAACAACAGGAGAAAUAUCUGGUUUGCAGAGUUCUGGGAGAAUAACUUCCAGUGCAAACUCAGUCGCCACGCUCUGAAGAAAGGAUCUGGCAUCAAAAAAUGCACAAACCACGAGCGGAUCGGGAAAGACUCGUCCUACGAACAGGAGGGGAAGGUUCAGUUUGUAAUUGAUGCGGUCUAUGCCAUGGCACAUGCUCUACAUGACAUGCAUAAAGAUCUCUGCCCCGGCAAAGUCGGCCUCUGCUCCAAGAUGGACACCAUAAACGGCACACUGCUGCUCAAGUACAUCCGCAAUGUCAACUUCACAGGGAUUGCUGGGACUCCAGUGGUCUUCAACGUGAAUGGGGACGCCCCCGGUCGCUAUGAAAUCUACCAAUACCAGAUUGUAAAUAACACCACCGAAUACAAGAUUAUUGGCCACUGGACAGACCAGCUCCACUUGGAUAUCAAUGAAAUGCAGUGGCCCGGAGGAACUCGAGAGAUCCCGUCUUCUAUUUGCAGCCAACCCUGCCGUCUAGGGCAGCGCAAGAAGACGGUGAAGGGCAUCCCAUGCUGUUGGCACUGUGAGAACUGUGAUGGCUACCAGUACCAGGCGGACACCUUCACCUGCAAGAUGUGCCGCUUCGAUCUGAGGCCCAACGGGAACCAUACCGGCUGCGUUCCAAUCCCAAUCGUCAAGCUGGAGUGGAGCUCCCCCUGGGCUGUCAUCCCCGUCCUCAUCGCUGUCCUGGGCAUCAUGGCUACUCUGUUUGUAGUAAGCACAUUCGUGCGCUACAACGACACACCCAUAGUGAAGGCGUCCGGCCGAGAACUCAGCUACGUGCUGCUGACAGGUAUCUUUCUGUGCUACGCUACAACAUUUCUCAUGAUCUCCACUCCUGACGUGGGUAUAUGCUCCCUGCGGAGGAUUUUUCUGGGCCUGGGCAUGAGCAUCAGCUAUGCAGCCCUGCUUACCAAGACCAACCGCAUCUACCGGAUCUUCGAGCAGGGUAAGAUGUCAGUCAGCGCUCCUCGGCUCAUCUCUCCAGCCUCCCAGCUGGUCAUCACAUUCAGCCUGAUUUCGGUGCAGCUACUUGGGGUGUGCAUCUGGUUUGGCGUAGAUCCGUCCCAAGCUAUCAUCGACUAUGAAGACCAGCGUACGGCGGAUCCAGACAUGGCCCGCGGUGUUCUGAAGUGUGAUAUAUCGGACCUGUCCCUGAUCUGCCUACUGGGUUACAGCAUGUUGCUCAUGGUCACCUGCACAGUCUAUGCCAUCAAGACCAGAGGGGUGCCAGAGACGUUCAAUGAGGCCAAGCCCAUUGGCUUCACCAUGUAUACCACCUGUAUUGUAUGGCUCGCCUUCAUCCCUAUCUUCUUUGGGACCUCACAGUCUGCAGAAAAGAUGUACAUCCAGACCACAACCCUGACCAUCUCCGUGAGCCUCAGUGCAUCUGUCUCUUUGGGAAUGCUCUACAUGCCGAAGGUCUACGUGGUUCUCUUCCACCCGGAGCAGAAUGUACCCAAGCGCAAGCGUAGCCUGAAGGCGGUGGUCACCGCAGCCACCAUGUCCAACAAGUUCAACCCCAAAGGUGGCCUGAGGCCCAAUGGAGAGGCCAAGUCUGAACUGUGUGAAAGUCUGGAAACACAAGCUCUGGCCUCCAAGCAGACAUACAUAAGCUACAGUAACCAUGCCAUCUAA